AUGCAGUCCCAAAAGAUAACCUUGCCAGUGGCCAACCCCUGCGUGUCAUUCUGGCAGCAGACUACACGUUCGUUCCCCUACUUACACGUCAAUCAGAACGAACCAGUUCCAGAAGGGUCUAAAUACGCCAUUAUCGGCUCGGGCAUCUCCGGUGCUCUAACUGCCUACGAGUUAAUCCAGGGGGGCGUGCCGGCAGGGGAUAUAGUAAUUUUCGAGGCGAGAGAAGCCGCCAGCGGAGCGAGUUCGAGGAAUGCAGGACAUGUGCGCCCAGACGCCUUCCGUGGAUUCCAAGUCUACAAGCAGCUGCACGGCCGAGACCAAGCGCUCAAGAUAAUCGCCAACGAGAAGCUCGUCUUCCACCGGAUCAAGGACUUCGUAGAGGAGCACGGGGUCCGGUGCGACUUCAACCCGACGACGACGUUUGACGUGUGCAUGACGCGGGAGUUUGCCGAUUUCAACGCCCGCAGUUUCAAAGAGUAUCAAGAGGCCGGAGGCGACGUCUCCCACAUCAAGUUCUACGAAGGGGAGGAAGCGCGGAAAGCGACCCGCGUGCAGAAAGCAUUUGCUGCUUACGAGUGGCCGGCUGGCUCGAGUCAUCCGGCGAAGCUGGCCCAGUGGCUUCUUUCGCAGUCGAUAGGCAAGGGUGUCCGGUUGUUUACUCAUUGUCCGGUUACUUCAGUAGCCAAGUCAGCCUCUUCGACUGGUGACCAGGUCUCUUGGGACAUACUCACACCUCGAGGCACGACGAAAGCCUCUACGGUAGUCCACUGCACAAAUGCCUUCGCGCCUCACCUCCUGCCCCAGCUCUCGAAGUUCAUCACCCCUAACCGCGCUCAAGCACACGCCUUCGUGCCUCCGCCUUCGCUUAGCUCGUCCAGCAUCCUCCCCAGCACCAUGUCCCUGCGACACUCGCUCAAGCACUUCUACUCCGUAGCCCAGCGGCGACCGGACGGGAUCAUAAUCCUCGGCUCCCCGAUCGCGAACCCGAACAUCAGCCCGGCGGCGGCGACCAGCCGUCUAGUCCCCGACGAUAGCAUCUUCAACGAGGAGGUGCGCGACGACGCCGUCAGCAAUUUCGAGACUUGUUUCCCGGACUGCGAGAAAGCGAGGCUGAGCCACGGGGAGGGACUGCUGCAUACGUGGACCGGUAUCAUUGGGAUGACGACGGACUCGGUUCCGUUCGUGGGUAAGAUAGAGAGUCUGCCGGGACAGUGGGUUUGUGCUGGGUUUAAUGGCCACGGUAUGGCGAGGAUAUUCACUUGCGCACCGGGUAUCGCAAAGUUGAUACUCGGAGGCUCGUGGAAUGACACUGGGUUACCCGAGUGCUUCGAAAUAACCGAGGAACGUCUGGAAAGGCUUCAAAAGGGAGUCUCCGGGUCCGUAUUUUGA